CAUGCGCAGUGGGUGCAGUUUUUGUUUGAAGUGAAGUGCUGCAGUUCGCCUUGCGGAUGGAACUGCCCAUUACAAACCAUACUAGCUAGAUACAUUUUUUAUUUUAAAUUUUUUUAUCAUCUCAAAUCUAUGUACAUGUUUUCUUGUCUCGAUGCAUCGGUGGAACAAUGUUAGGUCAUAAUCAUUACCCAAACGUAGAAAAGUCGCAACUCGUCAGCUAUGUGGAAGAUUAUUUGGAAUGUGUUGAAUCCCUGCCUUUGGAUAUACAAAGAAACGUCUCUCUGCUACGAGAAAUUGACUCAAAGUAUCAAGAGGUCCUGAAGGAGGUCGACGAUGUCUACGAGCGCUACCAGGGCGAGCGGGACGCGGCACAGCGUAAGAGGCUUCAGAUCCAGCUGCAGCGGGCCCUCAUCAGCAGCCAGGAGCUGGGCGACGAGAAGAUCCAUGUGGUCACCCAGAUGACUGAGCUGGUAGAGAACCGUUCCCGCCAGAUGGACUCCCACUCCCUCUGUCUCCAGGAGCCCAGCGAGGCCAGCGAGCGGGAACGGGUCGUCACCGAGCGGCGCUCCGGUUCCGUUCAGGAGGCGGCGGUGUCCACACCUGCGGAGCGCUCCUCCGCCCGCCGGCCGAGACGUCAGCGCAACAGCGAGAGCCGCGACGCCAACCACGCCUCAGGGAACGGAACAGUGAUGGAUGACCCGGUGGACGAACUGCCUAUGCAGCCGCGGGAGAAGAGGUCAAAGUCUGCCAAGAAGAAGAAGCGCAAGGCCAAGCAGGAGCGAGGCGCCUCGCCUGUGGAAUUCACCAUCGACCCCAACGAGCCCACCUACUGCCUGUGUGAGCAGGUGUCCUACGGCGAGAUGAUUGGCUGCGAUAACGACGCGUGCCCCAUCGAGUGGUUCCACUUCUCCUGCGUGGGGCUCACCUACAAGCCCAAGGGGAAGUGGUUCUGUCCCAAGUGCAGAGGGGACAAUGAAAAGACUAUGGACAAAAGCCUGGAUAAGAACAAAAAGGACAGGAGGUCCAGGUAGUUGUGACAUGUCCUCUCUUUCCUCUCGGGAACAUUGCCGAACUGAGGGUUGAGUUUGUCAAAGUAAGUCAUUCAAGGUAUGACUAAAUGUUGUGAAGUUUUGAGAGCACAAUCAAAACACUUUUUCCUCCUGCAGCGCCUACUCUUGAGUAAAGGGUUUGACCAAUACUGAACUGGUGCUGUUACCAUACUGGUGGACCCACACUGAAGCCUAAAGGUUAUUCUGGGAAGCCAGAUGUUGACUUUAAGAAGCCUAAAGCUGCCAUCUACUGGGUUCUAUCGUGUUACUCAACACUUGGCUGAAUGGAAUUAAAGUAACUCAAAAAGCAUAUUUUGGCUUACUGGCCAUUUUGACUUGAUGUAAUGUACCUGAAUGAUGUCCUCUUUUUGUGAAAAUGAAUGCAUUAUGUUCGCCCCGUCUUUCAAUUCAGUAAGUUUCAUUUCUUAUGCAGUUUAAAAAAAUAAAUAUGUUCCAAAUCAACAAGUCUGGAUUGAUUGAUUUGGUCACUACCGAUUGGGGCUAAAUAGUUAAUUGUGCUACGUUUUAAUUGUAUGGCAGAUGGAGGGCAAGAUUGCUCUGUUUCAGCCUUAUGUGAAGUACUUACCUGAGCUGGGAUUUGACACAAUACUACACAUUUUUAGGUUGUUUUAUGAUUUCUUGACCAACUGACCAUCCUCAGGUGCAGCACUUUGAUUUGCUAUAUGAUGAUGAUGAUGAUGAUGAUGAUGAUGGGGCACCGUCAGAAUGGUAUGUCAUGUUUGUGCUGACAUUCUACAUACUUUGUCAAACUAGUGUAAUGGCAUGUAAUGUUUAUUUUAUAUCCAUUAAAACAGUUCUAUUGCAGA